GAGUUGCACUGGUCGCAGGAGAUGCGCGUGAGAAUAGAAUAAACCACGUGGUAAUAUGGUAGGAUUGGAUUUACUGUUGUGCGCGUCAAGUUGCGAAGUUUGACGAAAUUUAUUAGGUAGCUUCUUUUCAAUUAUAUUAUUCGAGCAUUCGAACGUUUUUUACGAUUAUUUUCGGAUAUCAAUACGAAGGAAUUUAAAACUGGAAAACAGUUCGCGUUGAAACUGAAUUGAGGUUACGAUCCAUUCAAAGAUGAAGCGAAAGAGUUUGGAUGCUAAUAAUCUGAAAGCAGGAGAUGACACAGAAGAUAAUAAAAAGAGAAAGAAAGUGAGAUUUGAGAAAUCCCUGGAUAAUAAAUCUACCGGUAAAAGUAUAAAACCAUCUUCAAAGAAGAAUGCAAAUGGAAAGAAUACAAAAGUGGCGAAAAAUAAUGCUACAAUCGAAAAGAUAAAUUUGCUUAAACUGAAGAAGGAGAAAAAACAGCUUGGACAGAAAUCCGAAGAUGGGAAGAAGACAAAAAAGGAUAAUCUAAAAUCGGAGAAAAAUCAGACGACCACCGAGAAAACCGAUUGGAUCCAACUGAAAAAGGAGAGAAAAGAGCUCAGACAAAAACGUAAGGCUAAGAGAUUGAAUAACGAUACUGUAUAUGAUAAAAUUAUUCAGGCUAAGAAGCUUAGCGAGAAAUUACGUAGAUCCGACUGUAAGCCUGCCGAUCGUAUAACGUUAACUCAAACGUUGCACAAUAUGUUGGAAAGCCAUUACAGUAAAGUGAUAUUUACACAUGAUAUGUCCAGAGUAGUUCAAUGUAUAAUCAAGUACUGUGAGGCACACAUUCGAGGAGCUAUAUUUCAGGAAAUAAAACCACUCAUUGUAGAGAUGUUGCAAUCUAAAUAUGCGAAAAACUGCAUAAAAGCUAUCCUGAAAUAUAGUUCUCAAGAAACCAGGAAUGAAGUUAUCUCUGGAUUUUACGGCAAUAUCGUCAAAUUGAUGAGUCACAGUAUAUCAGCCUCUCUUUUAGAGUUAGCAUAUAACACUUGGUGUACAAGCGUCGAUAAGAUGUAUUUCAAGCAAGAAUUUUAUGGAGACAUAUAUAAGCUCGAAAAGGACAAGGAUGUUAAAACAUUAUCAGACGUAUACAAAACCGCGAUAGAUAUGAAACUAGCUACACUGUCCGCUGUUAAAGCAAAUCUAAUUAGAAUAUUAAACAAGGGUUUUGUCAGUUCCACACUGCUGCAAACGAUUCUGUGGGAAUUCCUAUGUGAAUGUUCUGUGGAAGAUAGAAACGAGCUAAUAGUUAUGCUACGAUCUUACAUUAUAAUGCUGUCUCAAACGAAAAUGGGAACGAGAGUCGCUACACAAUGUAUAUGGCAUGGCAAUAGCAAAGAUAGAAAAAUUAUCAUGAAAGCCCUCAAGGGAAACGUGAAGGCGAUCUGCAUGUCGCAACACGGUCACAUAAUAUUAUUGGCGCUUUUUGAUUCUGUAGAUGACACCGUUCUCAUGCAGAAAAUAAUAUUGUCCGAGCUGCAAGAAGAUCUAGUUAACAUUGCGCUGAAUGAAUAUGGGAAACGUGUUAUAUUGUAUCUUGUAGCCAGAAGGAAAUCUUUUUAUUUUUCGCCAGCCAUAGUAGAAUAUUUGAGCCAAGGUGACAACAAUUCUACGAGCAAAAAACUAGCUGAUAUCAGGGAAAAGGAACUCCUCGAAACAAUUCGUGAUCCGCUUUUUGACACUAUAAUUGCAGAUCCAACGACGUGGUUAUCCAACGGCAGCAUAGCUAUGACUACCCUGGCGAUAUUAAAAGUGGGAUCAGGAGAAAAACUAAAUUCCGCAUUCGAAUCGAUUGCCAAGUUUAUUAGUGUCAUAGAUUCAAAAAUUAAGGACAAUGACACAGAGUGUAAUGUAGUUGAACAUCCUGGAUUACACAUAAUGUUUAAAAAACUUAUUCAGUAUGACAAAGAGUUGUUGAAAAAGAACGAAUGUACAUUUGGAGAAAUAUUAAUAUCACACUUAACGCCAAAAGUAUUGGAAAAGUGGAUGGAAUUUAAUAGAGCUUGUUUCUUAUUAAUUCUUCUCAUAGAAAAUGAAAAUGAAAAUGUUACACAUACAUUAUUGUCUAAAUUAAAACCUUUAAAGGCAAAUCUCAAGACAAAGAGUGGCGCUGGAGCAUCAAUAUUGUUAAAAAAAUUGAUAGAAUAAAUGUGAAUAUAAAUAUAUCUAAAUGUAAUUUUUAUUAUUCACGAUUCUUAUCGAUUUUUAAUACAAGCUGUUCCAUUUUUGUGGGAAAUGGUUGUAAAACCUUCGCCAAAUUUGAAAUUAUUUAUAUGAACUUAUAUGUACUUUCAAUAUAUAUAUUUCAAGAUUUCAAA